CUCAGCCAUACAUCUAUUUUUCUCUCUUUAUUUUUCUUUUGGCCGUUUUUGUUAGGCAUUGAACCCCACCUUAGGUGCUGAGUGGUGUCCUCUCCUCCCUAAUACCUAAUACAUAAUUCCGUCUAUGGAGCCUAAAGCUUCAACUAUGGCAUGGCAGUAAGCACAGUCAUAGACAUGCAAUCCACGCUUCUCAAAGCCGCUCCGGCGUUCCAUCCGUCGCAUUCUCACGGGGAUAAGCUGAGUCCUCUGUUUUCCAAUGCUUCACCGUCGACGAGUCGUCUUCCGGCGAACACCGCCGGGAAUGCGCUCGCGGUUUGCGCCUCCAAGGGCGCGAACAACAAGCCGGUAACCGGCGUCCUUUUUGAGCCAUUUGAGGAAGUGAAGAAGGAGCACAUGCUCGUCCCGACUGGUCAUCUGACUUCUCUUGCCCGCCAGGUGUUUGUCGAUGAGUGUGAAUCUGCAAUCAACGAACAGAUCAACGUUGAGUACAAUGUUUCAUAUGUUUAUCAUGCAAUGUUCGCCUAUUUCGAUAGAGACAAUGUUGCUCUCAAAGGCCUUGCCAAGUUUUUCAAGGAAUCCAGCGACGAGGAGAGAGACCAUGCUGAGAAACUAAUGGAAUAUCAGAAUAAACGAGGUGGAAAAGUGAAGCUGAAAUCAAUUGUGAUGCCUCUGUCUGAGUUUGUUGAUGCUGAGAAAGGAGAUGCAUUGUAUGCCAUGGAGCUUGCACUUUCUUUAGAGAAGUUAACUAAUGAGAAGCUCCUAAACUUGCAUGCUGCGGCUAGUCGAAAUAAUGAUGUUCACUUGGCAGACUUCAUUGAAAGCCAGUUCUUGGACGAACAGGUGGAAUCAAUCAAGAAGAUAUCCGAGUACGUGGCACAGCUAAGAAGAGUGUGCAAAGGACACGGUGUGUGGCACUUUGAUCAAAUGCUCUUCCAUGGUGAAGCUGCAUGAUAGAUAUUUUGGACAAACUGGUCUGUGAUUGUGGCUCCGCUUUUUUAAGAUUUUGGAUGUGUUUAGUUUCAGAGACUUGUUUUGUUAAAACGCUUGUGUGUUGGGUCUUGAGACAACGACUGGCUUUGAAUCCAUCUAUCUCUUCUUCGGUUUUAAAGUAGGGUAUCAGCUCUUGCGUAGUUUGCUUUUAGCUAUACCUUAGACUGGAAAAGUGACUAAUCAAGCAUGAUUCCUAAG